ACAACGUUGCGCAUCGCAUUAUAUCAAGUGAAGAGUGAAACGGAACGUGAACGUGAAAUGUGCAAUUCUUGGCUCCUCAUAAUUGUGAUUACUGUUGGAUGCUUAUGGAAUUCGCGACUCUCUGAAACAUCAAAAUCAUGUCCAGCCGAAUGCAUUUGCUUAUCCCAAACUCAAGUACUGUGUAACACUGGCGGACUUGGGCAAAUUCCAUUACGUCAAUUACCUUCAACUGUGGAGAAUCUGGCAUUAACGAAAAACAAUUUUCCGGUCAUAAAACCAGAUUCAUUCACCGGUCUACGUGCGCUGAAGAAACUUUCCUUGGAUGGUAAUAAUAUAACCAAAAUAAAACAAUUUGCUUUUCGUGGUUUGCCACGCCUUAAGGAACUCUCAAUACAGUAUACACCACUACAGACAGUGGCACAGUUUGCAUUCGCCGGUCUACAGAAUUUAUCCACAAUUUUACUUAGUCAUAAUCAGAUAGUUUGUGUAGAAGGUAACGCCUUUGCCGGCACCUCAAAUGUAAAACUAAUACUCUUAACAAACAAUCCACUGGUGCGAAUCGAAACCGCAGCAUUUUCAAGUCUAACUAAUGUAGGACAUUUAAUAUUACCGUCUGGUAUACGCACGAUAGAACCGGAUGCAUUCUAUGCAAUGGAUACAGUAGGACUAUUAAAAUUAGCUUAUAUGGACUUAAAAGAACUAAUGCCUUUCACGUUUCGUGGUCUUUCUAAUGUGCUGCUGCUAACGUUGCAGGAAUCUGAUCUAGGCAUUAUCUGUGCAGAUGCUUUUACUGGUCUCUCACAAGUAGAAACGCUACAAAUAUUGAAUAAUAAAAUUGAUUCCAUUGAAGAACUUAAUUUUACCUAUACGGCAGCAAUAAAGCAUCUAAAAUUUCAUGGUAAUCACAUACUCGAAACACCAGAUCCAAAUAGCAUAAUCAUUGAUGGCGUGACUCAUCUACAACUGAUUAAUAAUCACUUUCCUUGUGGUUGUCAUAUACAUACACUACUUGAUGGUCCUCUAUCGGAAGGUGCGCAUAAUUUAAGCGACUUUCUGCAGAAAAACUUUUGCAUUUCACCGUUGGAAGUGAAUGGACGUGCAAUGAUUGAACUUGAUAUAGACUCGAUCGGUCGUUGUCAAGAUCAAUUGACUAAAGGUAAUUUGGGUUCCUCAGCUUCGUCGAUGGCAUUCAGUUUUAGCAUGAUUUUACUGAUUGCCGCAGCUACACUAGACUUGAAGGCGCUGCGGACGCUAGUCACGAAUUUACAUUUACGCAUCUUCGGUUUGUUGUGGAAGUGUAGAUCACAGAGAUCGAAGCCAUAUGUGAAGAGAUGAAUCGCACCGUUCCAUUUAGUAAAAAUGUAGGUAAUUUGAAUUAUAUUAAAUAUUUAUUUAGUUUUUUAUAAUGUUAGCAAUUAAAGUGAAAAAAAGUAAACGAAAUAUCAUAUUAACAUUCUUCGAAGUCUUCGUACGC